UGGUCAGGCAGUUGCACCAGAUGAUCAUUGUGGGUCCUUGCAACAAAAAUAUUAUAUUCUGUAUCUUCCAGUUCUUGAAGUCUUUGCACAGUAACUUUUACCAGUUUGAUCCUGCUUAUGCUGUUUUAGAUUGUAUUAAGAGAAAAAUUUUUAAAGUGUUAAUGUCAUGAUAAAAUUUAGAAGAUAAUCCUGUGAAUGAAGAAAAGUGUUGGAACUGGAUUUAUAAAGAAUGGAAGGAUACAACGUGUUGAAAGUACUAGGAGAGGGGUCCUUUGGCAGAGCUCUCCUAGUUCAUCACAGAAUCAGUGACCAGAAUUAUGUAAUGAAGGAAAUAAGGCUUCCCUUGUCUUCCUCUGGUGUAGAGAAUUCUAGGAAGGAAGCUGUUCUUUUGGCUAAGAUGAAACAUCCAAAUAUCGUUGCCUUUAAAGAAUCAUUUGAAGCUGAUGGACAUCUGUAUAUAGUGAUGGAAUAUUGUGACGAUGGAGAUCUAAUGCAAAAGAUUAAACACCAAGGAGGAAAUUUGUUCCCUGAAGACAUGAUCCUUCAUUGGUUUGUGCAGAUGUGCCUGGCUGUGAAGCACAUCCACGAUAAACGUGUGCUGCACAGGGAUAUAAAAUCCAAGAAUGUCUUCCUCACUCAAAAUGGAAAAGUCAAAUUGGGAGAUUUUGGAUCUGCACGCCUUCUUGCACAUCCAAUGUCCUACGCUUGCACCUAUGUGGGAACUCCUUAUUAUGUACCUCCAGAAAUAUGGGAAAGCCUGCCAUACAACAACAAAAGUGAUAUAUGGUCUCUUGGGUGUAUUCUGUAUGAGCUGUGCACUCUCAAACACCCGUUUCAAGCCAAGAGCUGGAAACAUCUCAUCCUUAAGAUAUGCAAAGGGUCCUAUGAUCCACUUCCAUCUCACUAUUCCUAUGAACUUCAUUACUUAAUAAAACAGAUGUUUAAGAGAAAUCCCCAGAAUCGGCCAUCAGCCAGUACUAUUCUUGCAAGAGGUCGCCUAACCAAACUUGUGAAAAAUUGUUUGCCUUCUGAGAUGGCAAAUGAGUUUGAGCAGGUAUUAAAGGAAACCAAGAAACAUGAAGGCAAUGCAGCAAGACAAAAGGGUAAUGUCAUGGCUGGUGGAAGCUCAAACAAUAAGACAGAAAAUAGAAGAAGGAAAGAGGAAAGUAGCAAGCAUAGCCCCUUAGAAAGGAAAAAUGCUGAGGGUUUGAGUGAAGGCACAAGGGAACAAAGGAAAUCUUAUCAAGAAGGAAGUACUGAUCUGUCACACACCCACAGGAGGCAAUGGGAAAAGAGGAUAUCCAAUACUGUGCUGGAUGUCCUGGAAAAUGCGUCUUUGCUUUCUUCCAGUUUUACACCUGAAGAUUCUGAAAGUGGUGGUGUUAUAAACUACAGUGAAAAUAAGCCACGGAAGCAGUGGAACAAGGACCCCUCUCAGACCCUGAUGGACAUGCUCAGCAAUGCAGAUGUCAGCUUAGCAUUUAAAACAUACACAAUUUUUAAAACAGCUUCUGAAAACAUAUUAAGAGGACCACUUUCUGAUGAAAGUGAAGCAUCUGAUGAAGUAGAUGGUGAACAUGAAGCUGUUGUCAUAGAUUCUGAGAGACUUGAACCUAGAUCUGAUGAAGAUGACACGGACUUUGAUGAAGAUGACCCAGACUGGGUGUCAGAACUGAAAAUGGUAUUGAAAACAGAGUGACUGAAAACCUGAAUUUACCUGCAAUGAGUGAAAUUAAGUGUGCUGGUAUCCAAGUUGUUGUGAAUAAUUGGUUAUUCAU